AUGUCGUCGGCUGUGGACGAGAUGGCGCGAUAUCCAAGCCGUGGGCAUAAGAACCCAUUAAGUCCCAUACCAUGUGCAUGUGAUCCGACACGCCCGCCGCCGCGCGGGGUCGCCCUUAUCGGUGCAUCGCGCGCACAUUGCGAUCGUGGCAAUGAACUUGCCGCUAAGCACGCGCGCGAUUUCGGCCCCGGCUUUGGCGACGCCGCCUUUGAUGUCGCCGCCUUAAUAAGCGACAAGUUUAUCGAUCGCCCGCAUCGCGAUCUUUACGCGCGCGACGCGUCGGGACGAGCGCUGGCUGCGGCCAGUGCAGAUGAUAUACCGACAGUUCUGGGGGAGAAGGGUCUAGUUGUCUGCGCUAAU